AAAAUGGACAGAGGAAAUCAGUCCAACUUGUCAGAAUUUGUGCUUCUGGGACUUGCCCACUCACAAGAUAUUCAGAUCAUACUCUUCAUGGCAUUUCUGAUGCUUUAUCUGCUCAUUGUGUCUGGAAAUAUUGUCAUCAUUAUUUUAAUCACCACUGACCACCAUCUCCAUUCUCCCAUGUACUUCUUGUUGGCUAACUUGUCCUUUGUUGAUAUGUGGCUUUCCUCAGUCACUACCCCCAAGAUGAUCACAGACUUUCUCAGAGAAAACAAGACAAUUUCCUUUGCAGGCUGCAUGUCUCAGAUCUUCUUUGCCCACUUCAUUGCUGCAUCAGAGAUGGCACUCCUGGUGGUAAUGGCCUAUGACCGCUAUGUGGCCAUUUGCAAACCACUCCACUACUUCACCAUUAUGAGUCUGAAAAGAUGCACUGGGCUCGUGUUGACUUCCUGGACCAUUGGCUUUGUGCAUGCCAUGAGUCACCUGGUUGUGAUUGUGCAGCUGCCUUUCUGUGGCCCCAGGGAGAUAGACAGUUUCUUCUGUGACAUGCCACUAGUAAUCAAGCUGAUCUGCAUGGAUUCCUAUGAAUUGGACAUUUUAAUGAAUGCUAAUUGUGGGGUUGUAGGUGUAACCUGUUUUAUUCUGUUACUGAUAUCAUACACAUAUAUUCUGCUCAUGGUUCACCAAAGCUCUAAGGCUGGUGCAUCUAAGGCACUGUCCACAUGCAGUGCCCACAUCACAGUGGUGAUGCUUCUUUUUGUGCCCUGCAUCUUCAUCUAUGUGUGGCCACUCAACAUCACCUGGGUGGACAAAUUUCUUGCUGUGUUUUAUUCUGUUAUUACACCUCUCUUAAAUCCAGCUAUUUAUACACUGAGAAAUAAAGAAAUAAAAAAUGCCGUGAAAAGAUUCACAGGCUAUUACACGGAUACUAAAGGAAAUCCUUAA